AUGCUCAUCAAACUCACUAUAGUGGCCGCUGUGGCCAUCCUCGCCCUCACCCGCCCAGUCCUGGGCGAAGGACCAGCAGCAAAACCGGACACAGCGCGCGUGCCAGUCCUCAUCGAACGCGGUGCUCCAGCCCAAGCUGCCACUCCCGCCUCACCUCACCUCACCUUCUCGGCCAAAUUCACCCAGAGGCACGACGAAACGGAACAACAAGACAAGCCCGCCGUCGUCAAGGACAAGAGUGGCAGCGGGAUCAGAUUGCCCCCGACCCGCGGCCAUCAGGACGCAGCCCACCGCUCACGAGGCGGCCGGGCUAUGGCGUCCAAGCUCGAGGGCCGCAAGGAGACCACAUCGCGAUUGCAGCGACUGCGGCGGCGGGGGAAGCAAGUCGUGGCCCGCACCGACGAAGCAGCUGAUGGCCAGGGUUGCGCUGCGGCGGCGGUGGCUGGGUCGGUCGGGAGGAGGAGCGUCAGUGAUGGCGGUAAUCUGCACACGGGGUAA